AUGGCCCCAAAGACAUUAUACGACAAGAUAUUUGAAGACCACAUUGUUUACAAAGACGACUCCGAUUCGUGUUUAUUGUACAUUGACAGACACUUGGUACAUGAGGUUACAUCCCCGCAAGCCUUUGAAGGAUUGAGGAAUGCACAUAGAUCGGUUAGAAGAACUGACUGUACAUUGGCUACUGUUGAUCACAAUAUCCCUACCACUCCUAGAAACAACUUCAAAGACGUUGAUUCAUUUAUUAAACAGAGUGAUUCCAAGUUGCAAGUCAAGACCUUGGAACAAAAUGUCAAGGAUUUUGAUGUAGCUUAUUUCGGUAUGAGUGAUAGCAGACAGGGUAUUGUUCACAUUGUUGGUCCAGAGCAAGGAUUCACUUUACCUGGUACCACUGUUGUUUGUGGUGAUUCACACACUUCCACACACGGUGCGUUUGGUGCUUUGGCAUUUGGUAUCGGUACUUCAGAAGUUGAGCAUGUUCUUGCAACACAAACAAUCAUUCAAACCAAAUCAAAAAACAUGAGAAUUUUUGUUGAUGGAUCCUUGAGUGAAGGAAUCACUUCCAAAGAUUUGAUCUUGCAUGUUAUUGGAGUUAUUGGUACUGCUGGUGGUACUGGAUGUGUUAUUGAGUUUGCUGGUAAAGCUAUUGAAGAUUUGUCUAUGGAAGCUAGAAUGUCGAUAUGUAAUAUGUCAAUCGAAGCUGGUGCCAGGGCCGGUAUGAUCAAGCCAGACGAAACUACAUUCAAGUAUAUCAAAGGAAGACCAUUGGCACCAAAGGGAGCAGAAUGGGACAAAGCUGUCAAAUACUGGAAGACAUUACACUCAGACCCUGGUGCAAAAUUUGAUUACGAUAUCAAGAUUGCUGCGAAGGAUAUUGUCCCAACUAUAACUUGGGGUAAUUCUCCACAAGAUGCUUUGCCAAUUACUGCCAAGGUUCCUGAUCCAGCCGAAGUGAGCGAUCCAAUCAAGAAGGAGGGUAUGCUUAGGGCAUUAAAGUAUCAAGGAUUGACUCCAAAUACUCCAUUAAAAGACAUCAAAAUUGACAAAGCAUUCAUUGGCUCAUGUACAAACUCAAGAAUUGAGGAUUUGAGAGCUGCUGCAAAAGUAGCAAAAGGACACAAGAAAGCCGAUAACGUCAAGGAAGUUUUGGUAGUGCCUGGUUCUGGUUUAAUCAAGAGACAAGCUGAGAAGGAAGGACUCGAUAAGAUUUUUGAGGCUGCUGGCUUCACUUGGAGAGAAGCUGGUUGUUCAAUGUGUUUGGGAAUGAAUCCUGAUAUUUUGAGCCCUGAAGAGAGAUGUGCUUCGACAUCAAACAGAAACUUUGAAGGUCGUCAGGGAGCAAGGUCAAGAACACAUUUGAUGUCGCCAGCAAUGGCUGCCGCUGCUGCUAUCAAGGGACAUUUUACCGACAUCAGGGAGUUUGAGCACAAUCACACCGAUGAACCCGAGGUGGCAAUUGAGCUGGGUGAAGAAGACCAAGAGUUGCAAGAUGCAGUUUACGAGCACGAAAAAGUGCCAAUGGAUGUGUCACAAGCUGUUGAAGAUGACAGACUUAAGGAUAUACCACAACCAUCACCAAAGAAAUCGAAGCCAUCACCUGAUGUUGCUAGUGGUUUGGACAAAUUCACCGUGUUGACUGGUAUUGCAGCUCCGUUAUUCAAGGCUAAUGUCGACACCGAUGCCAUUAUUCCAAAACAGUUUUUAAAAACAAUCAAAAGAACUGGUUUGAAGGAUGGUUUGUUUUAUGAAGCAAGGUUUGUCAAGGAAAACGGUAAAGACGUUGAGACUGAUUUUGUGUUGAAUCGGGAGCCAUAUAGAAAGGCUGAAAUCUUGGUGGUGACCGGUGACAACUUUGGAUGUGGUUCUUCUCGAGAACACGCGCCAUGGGCAUUGAAGGACUUCGGAAUCAAGUCUAUAAUAGCUCCAUCGUUUGGUGACAUUUUCUACAACAACUCGUUCAAGAACUUUUUGCUUCCAAUUAGAUUACCUCAAGAGGUUAUUGAGUCAAAGCUUAUACCGGUGAUUGAAGCCGGACACAAGUUGACCAUUGAUUUGCCAACUCAACAAAUUAGAGAUGGUGAAACUGACGAGGUUUUGGUUGAACAUUUCGAAGUGGAAGAGUUUAGGAAGCACUGUUUGCUCAAUGGAUUAGAUGACAUUGGAUUGACAUUGCAAAAGGAAGAGUAUAUCAAAGCUUUUGAGGAGAAAAGAAGGGACACUUUUUCAUUUUUGGAGGGUGGGUCCAAAUUGAUUACCCCUGUUAAGGGUGCCAAGAAGAGCAAGUAUGGUUUGAAAACUCAAGAAUGGUGA